CCAGUGGAGGGACAUUCCUUCUGUUCAGAUGUCUGGCUGACGUCUGAUGCUUAAAAUGGAGCAUGCUUUCAUCCCUCCAUGCAUUGUCGCAAGCUCCCGGUGCUUACUCUUAAAAGGGUGCCUCAGCUACGCAGGGAAACAGUUGCUGACCAAACGGGACGUGGUGUGCUCGAUCCAGCCCUCGUGAAUGCCUGAUCCUUCCAGUUCCGUACCAGCCUGACCCAACGGGACCAUGUCUACCUUUGGCUACAGAAGAGAGCUUAGCAAAUAUGAGGACAUUGACGAGGAUGAGCUCCUCGCUUCUCUCACGGAAGAGGAGCUGAAGGAGCUGGAGCGGGAACUGGAGGACAUCGAGCCCGACCGCAACCUCCCAGUAGGACAACGGCAAAAGAGCCUGACAGAGAAAACACCCACCGGGACUUUCAGCAGGGAAGCACUGAUGGCCUACUGGGAGCAGGAGACCAGGAAGCUCUUGGAAAAAGAGAGGCUGGGCGCGUGUGAGAAGGAUUCAGAGCAAGAAGAAGACAACUCAGAAGACAUUCAAGAAGAAUGUUUCACAGAAAGCAAUAGUGAAGUGUCUGAGGAGGCAUAUACUGAAGAGGAUGAUGAAGAGGAAGAAGAAGAGGAGGAAGAGGAAGAUGAAGAUGACAGUGAUGACGAGGAUGAGGAAAAGCAAAAUUCUGCGGCUAGUGAAAGACCUGUGAAUUGUGAGGACGGCAGGAGUUCUGACCACGUCAGACACAAGAAGUGUAGCAGUACAAAGAACAGUGAAAACUUGUUCAAUGGCCAUGAUGACACUGAAAAUCUGAGCUUUAAAAGCAGUGCCAUCCACCCAUGUGGAAAUCCAACAGUUAUUGAGGAUGCUCUGGAAAAAGUUCGGAGCAAUGACCCUGAGACCACAGAGGUUAAUCUAAAUAACAUUGAAAAUAUUACUUCACAGAUGCUUAUACAUUUCUCCCAAGCCCUGAGGGACAACACUGUAGUUAAGUCAUUCAGCUUGGCUAACACACAUGCUGAUGACAACGUCGCAAUAGCCAUUGCUGGUAUGUUAAAAGUAAAUCAACAUAUCACUAGUCUGAAUAUCGAGUCGAAUUUUAUCACAGGCAAAGGAGUACUGGCUAUCAUGAGAGCUCUGCAGCAUAACAAGGUUCUAACAGAGUUACGGUUCCACAACCAAAGGCAUAUCAUGGGCAGUCAGGUGGAAAUGGACAUAGUUAAGCUGUUAAAAGAGAACACUACUCUGGUCAAGCUGGGGUACCACUUUGACCUUGCUGGCCCAAGAAUGAGCAUGACGAGUAUCCUGACAAGAAAUAUGGAUAAACAAAGGCAAAAGCGCAUGCAGGAGCAACGGCAACAAGAGUAUGGUUGUGAUGGAGCUAUCAACCCAAAGACCAAAGUCUUGCAGAAAGGCACUCCUCGUUCCUCACCAUACACGUCACCUAAGAGUUCACCUUGGUCCUCUCCAAAGCUCCCUAGGAAAUCAGCGCCAGCAAAAAGUCAGCCUCCGGCUCCUGCACCCCCUCCACCCCCACCUCCACCCCCACCCCCUCCUCCUCCCCCUCCCGUUAUUCCAGACAAGAAAGCACCGACCAGGAACAUAGCUGAGGUUAUCAAACAGCAAGAAAGUUCAAGAAAAGCCUUACAGAAUGGACAGAAAAAGAAAAAAGGCAAAAAAAGCAAAAAACAUGAGAACAGUAUAUUGAAAGAAAUUAAAGAUUCUCUGAAAUCCGUCCCAGACAGAAAAUCGGAAGAAGGUUCACGGCCUUCCUCCCGACCCUCCACCCCACAAAGGUCCCUCCAUGACAACCUUAUGGAAGCAAUUCGAGCAAGCAGCAUAAAACAACUAAGACGGGUGGAGUUACCAGAAGCCCUUCGGUGAAAGCCUGGAUGAUGGAAGAAGCAGAGCACUGCAGUGGCCAAGGCAAGGCUGUUGGGCUGUUCACCGGUGCUAAAAUAGACUGUGUAGCAAGCUGCUUCUAAAGUACUCUCCUAGAUUCAAACAAUUUAUCUUUUCCUUUCAAAGAAAUAAACCCACUAACUACUAAACAGUGCUUUAAAGAUACGUUUGCCUUAUAAUCUGUAAAUAUGGAAAUAAUUUUCUUUUUUAUUUAAUGAGAUUUCUAUUGGGAAAUUGCUGCUUAUUUGGAUAUUCUUUUCAAUAUCUGAUUGCAAAUCACUGGACAAGUUCUUCACAAUCAAAUGUAAUAGUUUACCAAUCUCUGGUUUCUUCCUCCUUUUUUUUUUUUUUUUUUUUUCCUUUUUUCCAUGAAUUUACAAUAAAUGCAGUUUGAAGCUUAUAAGCAGAAACAUAGUCCUGAGUUUUUGUGUGCGAAAACCUGCUGGAAGUUUGCAUCAAAUUCAUGAACAUCAGGAACUUCUCUCAAAGGAACCCAAGAUCUUUCUCAACAACACCCAUGAAGCUGGUUUGGAGGAUUGUCCCUGAGCCUGUGUUAGUGCAGUUUCAUUCUGACAUAGAAAAGAAUAUGGUUCACAAUGCUACGUACAACUCAAAUCAAGAGGUGGGCUGUGUCAGGCCACUGGUAUUGUGUACCAGGUCCUAAAUGUUGAUUUAACAGAAAAGUAAGGGUGAGUGAUCAAUAGAACUGCAGUUUGUGGUGAUUUAGGGUUUAAACUUUCAUGGAUACUUAAAGGUUACAGCAAAAUUAUUCAACUGAAAUUCAUUUUGUACAAGUGCAAACUGCUGUAUCCAGGCAGAACUAAGCCCAGAGCAGAGAUUCUAUCAGGCAGAAACUUAAAGAGGAGACUAGCAACCAGGACUUUUGUAAGAUACCAGUUGAGCAAUGAGCUGAGUGUGAAUUGCCAGUAGGAUAUUGUGGAAGCAGAGAGAUUUGGAGAUGCACAGCUGAAGGCGUCUCAUUGCAGGCAAUUCUCUUCUUCAUGUAGUCUUGCUCUGUCCAAUUGAACACUGUUCUUGGGUGCUUCAGCUAAUGUGAAGGCUGUGUUAACAAGAAGAAAACCAAGCAGCGGCCAAGAUAUUGAAGGUCAAGAAACCAUACCUGUUUUUUAAAAACAAAUGAAUAUUAAUUAGUUUACUUACUGCAGCAAUAAGUAACAGAAUUAGUAUCUCUUCUACAUGAAACCACACAGAAGAGAUCGCUUUUGGUUACCCAACAUUGCAGUGAUUCUCAAAAAAUGCAGGUAAAAUUUUAUCUGGGAAUAUUCACCAGACAGAUUUCCCCAGAAAGAAGGCAAUGAAGUGUACCAGAGAAAGAAUGCAGUAGUGAAUUGCCAGAGAAGUCACAGCAAGAAAAUAAUGAAGAUUUGUUUUCUAUAUUUUACAUUUCUUUGCUUUGGUAGUCAUUGAGUAGAACCAACCAAAAGCAAUAUACAAGCAGCUGAAACACUUGCCAACAUUAUUUCUCUUUUCUCAGGGUCAAAACCUACUGUCACAGGAAAUAUGGUACCCACAAGUGGUCUCUAGGUGCCUUUAUAAUGGCAUGAUCUCCCAUAGCAUAAAAAACAAUAAUCUGGGGUCAGUAUCCCGUGCCCAAAUAGAAACUGGAACUUGGGAUCUUUUGAGGAUGGAAACAAUGGUAGAAUGCAGCCAUGGUUUAGAGGGAACUGCAACCUUGGGCAGCUUUGUGAAGGAUGAGAAGCAGCAAAAUGUUUAACGAAAUGGCAGAAGCAACUAAAUAGUUGAAAAGGCAAUGAAAGAAAGAAAUCAGGGAAAGCACAAUGGAGACUACUUGGAGAAAGGCAAGGAAAUGGAAAAAAAGGUCUUUAAGGAAAGAGAAAAGAGUGAAAAGUGAGGAAAGUAAUUGCACAGGAGAUUAAAACUGGUAUCAAAAAGGAGGGUAAUUCAGAGAAAAGGAAUACUGAAAAGUGGCAGAUGAGGAAAGAGAAUAAAACCUAGAAAAAGUAAAAGAAGAUAGAAUUCCAGUUUCAGGUCAGUGACAGCUUGAGUUACUUCUUUACAGUUCAUAUAUUUGGGAAGGGGAAGAGAAAUAAACACAGUCCAAGCUGCAGCCUGCAGUUGCUGAC